AUGUUUGCUAGUGUUAGGGGUGCAUCCAUUGCCACUGUGCGUGGGCUGCAGAGAAACUAUGCCACUUUGAGAGAAAUUGAAACAAGGUUGAAGUCUAUUAAGAACAUUGAAAAGAUUACCAAAACAAUGAAGGUUGUUGCUUCUACCAGAUUGUCAAAGGCUGAUAGGGCUAAGCAAACUGCCAGAAAGUACUCCGAAGCGGACACUGAUUUUUACAAGCAUGCUGCUACUACUUUCGAUGCUGCUCAGGAGAAAAGUUUGAUUAUUGCAAUCACCUCUGAUAAAGGUUUGUGUGGUUCUAUUCACUCUCAAUUGGCCAAGAGCGUCAGAGCGCAAUUAGCAAAGACCCCUGAAGCCGAUCUUAUUACCAUUGGUGACAAGGUUAAGAACCAACUUCUCAGAUCAAAUCCACAGAACUUGAAGAUGUCUUUCAAUGGUAUUGGUAAGGAAGCUCCAAACUUUGAAGAGUCUGCAUUGAUUGCAGACAAAAUCUUGCAAUUCGGUGCUGGAAAAUACUCCAAGGUCACGGUUUUCUACAACCGUCCAAUUUCUUCUUUGUCCUUUGAGCCUUCCCAAAAGACUGUAUACAAUCCUCAAGCCAUUGAGAGCUCUCCUUCUAUCUCUAAGUAUGAAAUUGAUGGUGAUGCAGGUGUUUCUCAAGACUUGUUUGAAUUCACUUUGGCUAACCAGAUCUUGUCUGCUAUGGCCGAUGGUUAUUCCGCUGAAAUCUCUGCCAGAAGAAAUGCGAUGGAUAACGCUUCCAAGAACGCUGGUGAGAUGAUUAACAAGAACUCCAUUCUAUACAACAGAACCAGACAAGCUGUCAUCACCAACGAAUUGGUAGAUAUCAUUACUGGUGCAUCAUCCUUGGACUGA